CUUGCCAGUCUCCACAAUCCUCUCAACCCCAUUACAUCAACUCCAGCCAAUGGAAAAGUCCUACAGAGUCCGAGCGGUCCAGCUGGGCCCCACUCGUAGCCUAUUUUCCUCGUCCCAGGGCAGCCGUGUUUCCUCUCCGGCCUCGCGCUUACCUUGCCUUGCCCUCCUCCUGCUACAGCACACUAUUCUUAUUAUAUAGUAUUGACUACGCGAUAUUCAAUCGAUCAUUUUUGGACGUAUUUCUAGCCAAGAAUAGUAGCUAACGGAGCCCACAGCACCAACUGGGUGUGCAAGCGCUGUCUUGCCGACCAGGGCCUGGGGAAGCGCCGCUGCUACCAUGACAAUUCGUUCUUGUCGUCGCGGGCCGCCUCUCCCAGCUCCGCAGCAGCAUCAUUAUCGAGCCGUGACAGGUCCCGCGGCACCAGCAUGGCUACGUCUAGCGCCACAGAUACAGCCACAAGUUUCUCAUCAUCAUUUGUAAGCCAGCAGAAGGACUCAGCCGCGCCGAUCAUUAACUGCCCGGUCCCCGGGUGCUCGGCCAAAAUAGACGCUAAGCGUCAAGUCAUCUGUGAAGCGCAUCUGCGGUCUAUGUCAACCGCUGACCGGAGUCGCGAUGCUUCUCAAGAAGUUGGCUCACGCACGGCGGGGCCGCCGGGCACCUCCAGCUUGGCGCGCCCACCUAUGCCAUCCACAAGCCCAAACCCGAGGAAGCUGCUGCAGGAGACCGACAAAGAUCGGCCAAUGAUCCUGCGGCGGAAGACCGCUGGCAACCUACCGCAAUUCAUUCCUCAACAGCCAACUCCCGGACUAGCUUCUCGCAGCGGCCCAACUCUCACACCACCCUCACCUCAACCCUUGGCGCCCCCUCCACCUGUUCACUCACCACCCGCUAGUCCUGCUCAGUCACGGAAUGGUGAGCCUGCGUGGAAACGGCAAAGAUUAUCGCCGUCCCUAGAGCACUCGCCGAAAGGCAGAGUGAAUGGGAUCUCGUCCAGGCCGCCGAGUGCAGAGUCUGGCCAGGGGGGCAAGUCGGUAGACUCAGGGAGCCCGCAGCUCGGCCGCCGUCCUUCUAAUGUCUCGCCUCAGCGUAUGAAGGACGUCAAAACUAACUCGAAGCCGAAUGUCAAGCAUCCCGUGAGGAGAAUACCGCUGCAGCUAUCCAAUCUUAGGUUUAUUGAUAGCGUCGAGGAGUCUACCUCCGGGGUCCUUUCGGAGCAGUCAAGCUCUGGUCUGAACGGUUGGCCGAGAAAUGUCUCACCAUGGAGUGACGGCGAGUCGGUCUUUGCCCUUAGGGAAGGGUUAAGGGGCUCCUGGACGGAAAACAUGGGCUUUCCAACCCCGACCGUAGCCCAGGUUGACGCCACAGACACACCGCGUGAGGUGCAAAGGACCUCUGAUUUAUCGAACGGGUAUAGCCACAAGGCACCGCCUCCUUGGGAGACACCGGAUGGACGGACCAGUGCUCAAGGGCUGCUCCUCGCCAAGGGCAGCGUGGUCUCAAAGCAGCCAAAACCAUGCCCUCAAACAGAACAGACUCCUGUUCUACCGGCCCCUAUCGCAAAAUCCAAGCGGCCCGUAAUACCACCACCGAAGAAGAUUGACCCAGCUCAUUUUGACGCACUCGUUUACUCCCAACCAGGCGCCUCAACGCCGCCACCGGGCGUAGAACUCGCCACCAUUGGGCCCGCAGAGCCCCCGAAGUCCAACCAUGUGAAAAAGGACAGCAUAAAAGACGAGCCACUCUAUCUUGACAUUGACCCGCGGAUUCACUGGCCUCAACGCCAUUCCGCGGCGUGGCAUGCCGCAAAACAGCGGGAGAUUCGCGCCCGCGGGAAUAAAAAGGCGAACUUUGGGCGCGCGGCAGAAAGUCUGCGGAGGCAGCGGCAGGAAAUGGUGAAACGGGGCGUGACCUUCGAGGAUACGUUACCGGACAAGAUCCUGGAAAACCCCGCGUGGGUGAAGGUUUUGAGGAAGCUAAACGGUUUACCGCCGGCUCCGGAAGAAGAGAGCAGUAACUCUGGCGGGACCGGAAGCGCCGAUACCAAUGGAGUGGAGGGGCACGGCCAGGAGCAGGGGCUUGAGCAGGGACACCAGAAGAAGGGGAGGAAACAAGGUAGGAUAACGGGCAAGAAGGUUGGUCCGGGCCGGGUAGUGGUUACCGGGCUGAACGGGUUGGAGUUGAAGAAGCGUCUCGGGGACGGACUGGCGCUGAAGAAACGCCUUGGGGGAAGGAGUACCUAACCAACGAGUCAUACUGACAAAAAGCGACGACGUCGGUGAGGUCACGAGGGAGUGAAUAACUUACUUAGCUUGGAACGACGACGUUGCAGCGGCGAGGAGCAGAGGACUCUGGUCUGUGGAUCUUGGAAUAUAACAUUUUGCAAGGUAUUAUUGCUGGCUGCUCAUUGCUGCCGAUGUAUGUAUACAACAGUUUUGGAGGCAGGGGGCGGGGGAAGGGAACU